AUGAAAAAGUUACUGGUUGCUCUUUUUAUCUUACUCAGACAAGCAGAAUGCGAUUGACUAACUUGCGCUACAGAUAAUGGGUAUUUAGUGAUUGGAUAUAGCUGUGUAGGCUGUUUUGAAGGAUGCAAAACUUGUUUUGGAAAUGCUUGAUGGUAUCAAUGCAACUCAUGCUACCCUAGCUAUUACUUUUUGAAUCAUCUUUGCUUGCCUAUUAUUCCUCUACAAAGCACACAAUUUCCGUUCGGAAACCAACUUACUCUUGGAAUGGAUGUGAAUGGGAUUUUUCAAAUUGGGUCAAAUAAAACAAACAAAUACCCAGAUUUUGAUGUAAAUGAUCCGAUCCCUGCUUAUUUAAGAGGAUAUUAUUUUCAUACAAACUCGUAUAUGACUUCAGAUAAAUUUAAUUUUUCGCCUUGAUUUACAGUUUCUUUCUGGAUAAAACCAUAUUCAAAUGGAAAUAUUUUUCUUAAAAAAGACUCCACAAAAGUAUGACUAAGUCUUUCAAUCGACUCACAUCAGGAAAUCUAUUUAAAUAUGCUAUUUCAUAAUGGGAAUAACUUAAGCCUACAUAUGCAAAGCUUAUUUAAGAACUGGAAUCAGAUUAGCAUCACAUGCAAUUUAAUUAUCGAUGAAUGAUUCACAAAUAUUCAGCUUAUUUAUAACGGAGUAAUAGCUAGUCAAUAUCAAACACCUUCUACAGACUUAUAUCGCGAUCACAGCAUAGGGUUUAUUGGAAACGAUCCUGCAGUAAGCCAAUCUUUUAUUGGUUUUUUAUAUAAAAUAGGAUAUUAUGACAACCCAAAUGAAGGGCUUAAUGAUUAUUUACAAGAUUUAUCCUGUAUGUCAGGAUGCUUAUUUUGUGCUUCAGAUUUUACAUGUCCAGAUGACUGCGAAUUUAACGAAUUCAAUAAUAAUGGCACCUGUGUAAACUGUUUAAGUGAAUGUGCACAUGGCUGCCGAACACUAGAAAGAUGUAAUUUGUGCGAAACCAAAGAAUGCUAUUCAUGCAAUCAUUUUUCAGUCUGCAACACCUGUGUAACAAGAGGAAAUCUCACAGGAUCUGUAUGUGAAUGCAAUUUAAACACUUUUUUUAAUGAAACUACAAGCAUUUGUGAUUUAUGUGACAGUAAUUUUUGCAGCCAAUGCUUGACGGUAAAUUAUUUUGAUUGCAAAAAAUGUGAAGGAAAUUAUCAAUUAAUUGAUGGGGUGUGCUUAAAAUGGGUCCCAACAGGCUGAGAUAGCGAAAAAGACAAGCCUUAUAUUGCGAUUGAUACACAAUUAGGGGAUGGAGAAUAUAAAGAAAUAUAUGGGUUUUUUACGACUGGGAAAUUUAAAAACUAUUAUCAUCCUUUUAAUAAUCCAGAAAUAAUAGACCCCUUCCCGAUAGAAGGCCGUGGAUUGUAUUUUAGUGAUGGAAAAUAUUUGAAUUCUAGCCAAGAGGCUUAUUUAUCUUGUAGCUUUACUCUAAUAUUUUGUAUCAAUCCUAAAAAUGGGGACUUUUUUGAGAAAGGAAAUACAAGUAUAGCCUGAGCAUUUUUUUGGCUCAGGCUUCCUAAUCUUUCCUGACAGAAAAGGGGACCUAAUUGAAUCAACGAUGCUUGCCAAGCCAAUUCCCUUUUUCGUGGGAAGCUUGAGCCAAAAGAGUGCUCGGGCUAUAUCAAUUCUAAUGGCAAAGCAAGCAUUUUUCUUCAAGAUCCAUUAAAUAAUUUGACACAUAUUAUUACUCAUAGUGAUUUUCCACUUAAAAAUUGGACAUAUUUUACAUUAAUUGUUUCUUGCUCCCGCUUUAAAUUGGAGCAAUAUAUCGAUUAUUUUUUUGGUGAAAAUUAAUGCCAUUCAAAUUGGCACAAAAUUUUAUUUUUUAAUUGGAAAAUUUUUUUAUAAUGAAAAAUAAUUUAAUAUAAAUAGCUUUGGCCUUGUUUAAUAGAGAGUAAUCUUUAAUCAUUGAGCAGUGAAUCAAUUAAUCUUUUUAAUUAAUUCUUCAUAAUAUAAAUUUAAAAAUAUUGCAUUCAAUUUAUUAACCCCAUUGAAAUCGGAUCAGAUUUUUUGGUUUCAAUUUAAAUGGGGGAAGCCAUUACAAUUCGACUACUACAUUAUCGAUAUACUCUAAUAGAAAUUUAUUAUUUUUAUAUUCCUAUUAUCCUCUACUAUUCAGAGAUGAGGAAUUAUCUUAUAUCCUUUUAGGCAAGAAUCAAGAUAGUAGCUAUGAUGGCUAUAUUUAUAUUUUCCAGUAUUUUAUUGGAGAAAUAGACAUAUUAGCCUAUGCCAUUUUAGAUCACUAAAAUUAAGCAAAGGGGCUAUAUUUCUUCUAUAUCCCUUAUUUAUAAUUUUUUUAUAUGUGAAAGAGCUCUUACAAGCCAACAAGAAUUUGACGCUUGAAUUAUUUUUACCAAUAAACUAUAAUAUUUCAAGCUUAAAAUAGCAAUUCAAUGCAUAAAAAUAAUAAAAAAUCAACACUUCAGAUUCUCUGAAGAAGGGUACUUGAGCAAUGAUUUAAUUUUAAAUUCAUUACCUCUUUGUGAUUAUAGUUACAUUUACAACCAAAACAGCACUUGCUUCCCUUGUGAAUCUUCAUGCUCCAUAGGAUGCAUACGAGAGUCAAACUGCAAUUUAUGCUAUGACCAAUUAUGCCGCAACUGCUCUGGGCCUUAUGAAGAAUCUACUUGUUUUCAUUGUGCAGAACUUGCCCAUAAUUUAUAUACCAAUGAAUGUAUUUGUGAUGAUAAUGCUUUUUUUAUUAAAAAUAGUUCAAAUUACUAUUGUGAAAAUUGUGAUUAUAAUUAUUGUGCAGUCUGCGAUAAUAAUGGGCAUUUUGAAUGCUUAAAUUGCAGCAUGGGUGUUCUUGUAGAUACAGUUUGUCUUGAUGAGCCUCCAAUUGGAUAUUAUGAAUGCUCAGGCCAGCCUUGCCUUGUCACAGAAAUAGACCCAAAUAAAGGCUUUAGUGAAAAUUAUGGAAUUUUUAUAAGCGGAUCAAGCAAAGAGACCUUCAAUCAUUUUAAUAACCAUGAAAAAGAUGACCCAGUUCCUACAAAGCAGCGGGGUUUCUAUCAUGAUGGGGUUAAUAUGUUUUUCCAAACUGAAAACUCGACUUAUAUAGGACAUAUUUUUACUAUAGGCGGCUGAUUUUGAGUUUUAGGGACAGGAGAUGUUUUAGAGCAUGAAAAUAGGCUUUUAUUGGCAAGCAAUGGGUCUUUGUCAAUAACUUUUCAAGACAGGGAUUUAAAAGAAUUUACGUUUGCUACUCCAGGCAUGAACUUUUCUGAGUGAACUUAUAUUUCAUUUACUGUAUAGUAAUUGCCCGAGGAUGGCGCUAUCUUGCGCCAUCCUCGGGCAAUUCCACACCGGAAUUGAACCCACGUGUGGGGCCAUUUUUGGUAUGUGGAGAGCAUCAACUUCCACGCAUCAAAAAUGGCCCCACACGUGGGUUUCAAUUCCCGGUGUGGAGCCAUUUUUUAAAUUGCCCGAGGAUGGCGCAAGAUAGCGCCAUCCUCGGGCAAUUACAAUAUCUUAUGUAAAUUCAACUACCUCUUUAGGUAUCUUCUUAAACGAUAUCAGUAUGUAUCUGUGGAGUUUUCAAAAUUUACUAUUCAGAGAUAUUCCUGAUUCCAAGAUUUUUCUAGCGAAAAGCCCGCGAUCGUAUUUCAACGGAUUUUUAUACAGAUUUAAAAUGUGGGAUUUCUCUAAAAUAUUAUAAAAAAAUUAUUUUUAACAGAAUGGAAUUGAUAAUUAGUAUAUAUGAUUAUUUAACUUUUUUUUUAUAAAUAGCAUCAUAAGGUCAUGAUUAGAAUACAGGGGUAGUUUUUUGGUCAAAGUUUUACUUAGUUGGAUCAAAAUAGUUAUCCAGCCAGCCAUUGCCCUUAUUAGGCUAUUAACAAGAAAAGCCCAUAUACAAUGAUAAUAGAUAAUUUAAAAUCUGUACAAAUUCUCUAUCCCAAAAUGUGAAAUUUUGAGAAGAUUGAUUUCUCUUUUGAGUUUAAUGAUGAAAUUUGUGGGAUUGAAAAAGAUUCAGCCUGCUUGCUGCUUUGUAGUAUUGACGAAUAUUAUCAAAUAUGGAAUGGAUCAGAGCCAUCUUGCGAAAAAUGUCUUUCUUCAUGUGAUAGAGGUUGCAUUAGAAAACAUUACCAUUAAUUAUAAAUUAGGGUUUUCCUCCUUUUAGGUCUAAUCCGAGACAAGUUAUGUCAGCAUUUCCACCAGAGAUCGCUCUCUUUCGGCUUAGCUCUUAAUGCUGUCUCGGAUUUUGAAGCAUACAGUGCAUUAGAAAAGAUACAUGCAAUAUUUGUGAAGACGUUCUGUGUGCUGUUUGUCCUAAUUUCGGGCAAAACCUCUGCAUCCAAUGUGUCCCUUAUGCUUAUGGAGCCAAAAAAUGCAAAUGCAUUGACAAAUACUGUUUAUCUCUAGAUAGAUUAUCUUGCAUUAGAGUUCCAUUUGAAAAUAGCACAGAAAAAUACUGGAUCCAUUUUUUCCAGAUAUACUCCAGGAUUCCUUAUUUCUUAUCUGAUGCCUAGCUUCCCUAUAAAAUGCAGGUAGUUGGCAAACACCUAAUAUGCAUUUUUUGGAGCUACCAAUCCGGGGAGUUGUGGAAGUUGCGGGAAUUGUAGGGAUUGUGCCAAUUCUUGGCAUCGAUGUUGUGGUUGCGGUAUUUUGAUGUUGUGGUCUUGUCAUCUUGUGGUGCUGUGGUGGAUGAUGUGGGGAUGAUGCAGAUACAACGGUUAAAGUUGGCAUGUGAAGUGAUAACUUUAUUAUUAAUACAAUUCAUCCAUGGAUGAAAAAUAUAAAGUUCAUUGACAAUGAUAAUGUAACCUUUAGUAGCAAUUCUUGCGAUUUCAGCCCUUUUAACGAAAACUUUACAUGCUCGUUCAAAGUAUUUGUAGAUCCAAGCUACAAUAAUAAAAACGGUCCUAUUACAAUUAAACUGAAAUAUGAAGGAUAUAUAUAUCCUAUUACGUUUCCUGUUUAUUAUGACGAUUUCUCUAUCUCCCUCAUGAAUCAGCCUGAACGUCUCGGUGUUGUGUUUUAUUUAGGCUACAAUUAUAUUCAAGUAUUACCAGAUAAAUGGCUAUCAUUUAAUAAUGACCUCUGCAGUGAUGAAGACUGCACACAUGUGGCUUGUGAAAAAUUACUAUCCCAAGAUUCUAUUUCCUCAAUUGGAAAAAGCAUUGACUGCGUAUAUACUGGGAUAAAUGCAAUUUUAAUAUACGUAGGCCAUAUAAAUGACCAUACAGAUUCUAUAACUUUUAGAGAAAAAGUAUUUAUUAGUGAAUAUAAUGAGACAAAUUUUAAAUAUUUAAAUAUCCCUUGGAAAUAUAAAAAUCCACCUAUGCCUACAUCUUUGAUUGAGCCAAUUCCUGAAGUUUGCUGCUCAUGUAAUGUUAUUUUUGAUGGCUCAAGAUCUCCAACACGCUUGGGAAGUCUAAAGUAUCAGUGAGUUUUAAGCGAUUUUAUGCUAUGGUCAGGAGAUGAUACCCAGAGAAUUGCAAAUAUCACAUUGGAAAGCUGCAAUGUAGCAGAUAAGCAUCGCCAAUUUAAUGUCACUUUAAUUGUGACGGACAAAUUUGGCCAGCAGGCUUCUUCUAGUAUUACAGUAAAUAUGACAGUUGAAGAUGUCGCAAUUAGCGCAUGAAAAGAUCCUAAUAUUCAGUUCAGAACUGAUAUUAUUUAAAAGCCAUUUAAAGCUAACUUUGAUAUGAAUUCUUAAUUUUUGAUAAAAAAUAAUUAAAUAUAUGAAUUUUCCUAUUAAAAAUAUUAAAGAUAUAAUACGAUAUCUAAGCUUAAAUUUCAAAUAAUAAAAAGCCCAAAAAUCCGUCUUGACCCAAACUAUAGUGUUGUGUGAAGCUUAUACAAUAGUUCAAUAUCAAGACUACUAUUAGGAAAUAAAAUCUAUGAGUCUACAGGGAUUGAGUUCUCUUAUUUAUUUACCCAAAAAGGAGAAUAUUUAUUAAUCGUUGAUGCCUUCUUUAACGACAACACCUACAAGAUCUCAGCAAAUGCUACAAUAAUUGCUACCCUCCCACCUCCAAACAUAGUCCUAAAUGGAGUUAACACCUACGUCUAUGCCAAUUCAAAUAUCACAGUAAACAUUACUGCAAGCUAUAACAAUGCACCUAUAAAUCUAGAUACAGGCUUCGCCUUUAUUAAAAAACAUGACUGCUCAAAUGGCGAAUUUAUUGAGCUUGCCGGAGACUCUUUUAAACUUAACGUAUUUAACAAAGAAUCUCGAUUUAAUUGCUCAUUUACCAUCAAGCUUCGAGAUUACCCUGAAUAUGAAUCUGAAGUCAACUGGCUUAAUGUAGUCGAAGGGAAUAUCCCAAGGGUCUACAUUGUAUCACAGUUUCCUUAUUUAGACCCUUCAUCACCCGUAAGACUAAUAGCUGAAGUCCCUGACUCUCUGAGGAUGAUAAUUUAUUGAAUAGAAAAAUAUGGCCACCCCUUUAUAGCUGCAACUCCUUUGAACCAGCCUAGCAUGACAAUUAAAGAAAAUAGCAUGCUCUGUGGAAUUGACUAUGAAUUUGAAAUUAAAGUAGUCGAUCCAGUCUCUUUUGUACCUGUUAAAGCUUCUAUUAAAAGAUAUGUAAACUGUCCGCCUAAUUCAGGGACUUUUGAAGUAGACCCGAGUGAAGGCAGCGCUUUGGACAGCCAUUUUAAUGUUUUAUUUGCAGGGUGAAGUGACUUGGAAGGCGAUGAACCUUUUUAUUAUCAAGUUUUUAAGGAAAAAGAAGGCAGAAUUUAUGCGCUAACCCCAAAAACAACGGGAAAUAGCUUUCAGAUAGUGCUUGGAGAGAGGGGGAAGACCAAACUUAUAGGUAGAAUUUAUGAUGCACGUGGGACUUUUAGUGAGGUUGAAGCUUAUGUAAAUAUUAAGGACACUGAUUAUGUGGAUGCUAAAGAAAGAUCAGAAGUGUUGCUGAAUAAUGGGGCUGACACAAUGGAUUCAAAUAUGAUAAUUUCUUCAAUAAAUUCUGUAGCGUCAUAUGCAUUUCAUAAUGUCCAGGAUCAAAAAAACCUAACUUUACUUACUCCCCCACCUUGCGAACAAAAUAUUGGAAAAAUCCUGAUUCUUUGGGCGAGCCACUUAAGUUAAUAAAAAUAUUUUUAUAAAAAAAAUAUUUGAUAUAUAAGUAAUAAUUAUCAUAAUGAAAUCUCUAAUUAUGUUGAAUUUUAAUUUGCUUUCAUUUUUACAAAUAUAGAAAUUUCCCAUAGAUGGCGCUGUUUGCCCUUGAUUUGCCCAUCAGAAAAUUUUUUUGUUUGACCAAACCAUAUGGGACUGGUCGAACCAAAAAAUUUCCCCAGUGGGCAAAUCAGGCAAACAGCGCCAUCUAUGGGAAAUUUCUAUAAAUUAAUUUUGCUUUUGAAAUUCGAAAAAAAUUUAAUAUAAAAUAAAAAAAAUAUUGUAAAUGCUUUUAUUAACUUAUGGAGUUAGUAAAGCGUUGAAAAGUUUAGAUUGAAAAAAUUAUUAAUUUCAAAUUGGAAAUAUUAUAAAGUAAAGAAAUAAUUUAAUUUAUAUAUUUUAUGUAUAGAUUUCAAACUGUUUCAAAUUUAAUUGAAUUGCUUACUCACGUAUCAAAGAUGUCAUAUAAAAAUAAUUAUAUAUUAAAAAAUAUAUUCUUAAAAAAUUUCAAUUAGUUUUCCUUGAGGAAAUGAGUAACUAUUUGUGUCCAAAACUUGGUUGGAACCCUAAACAAGUGGAUGAAUUCUUCAAUGCCAAGCACAGGACUAUCCGAAUCCAGCACUGUAAUUGAUGCUGUCCACACCUUACUUGGAAAAUCAGAAACCUAUGAUAAAGAUCUUUUGCUUGACAUUCACAGCACACAUAGCCAAGCUUUGAACCACACAAAAACUCUUGAUUUCCAUACCUACAACACAACUCUUUAUACUCUUGAUAAGCUGCUUGACAGCCUUCAGACACAAUUAAUUAACAAUAAAGAUAACUCUUCUAUAUCAGAAACAGAUCUUUUUAGACUUAUCAACCAAACUUAUAGUGAAGGAAGUUUAAAGUACUUAAUGACCACAAAUCCAAACGAAAGUCCUAUAAAAUAUAAAGGCCAAAAAUACAACUCAACUACUCUUUCUGUUGAUGGUAAAUCAGCAAUGAACAGUAUUGAGUUUGAUUCCCCUUCAGGAGAAAGUUCAGCUCAGAUUAAAAUAGAUACUUCUAAAAACUCUGACUCAACAACAUAUUUUUUAUCAAUUCUUUCAGUUGCUCCACUAGAUAACAUAUCUGAUUCUUUUCAAUAUUAUGCUAAUCACUCUUAUGUUGCUUCAGAAAAUGUUGAGUAUCGUGAUGGGUCAAUUGUGAUCUCAAAUAUUACUGUAAGCAAACUUUAUUCUUAUUCAAAUGAAUUUACGACAAACUUGGUACAAUCUAGUAUAUCUAAAAAUACUGGGACUUUAAUUAACCCAGUACUAGAGAGCUCUGAAAUUGCUGAAGUAAAUAAUAAGGUCUCUUAUGAGAUUGUUGAUAAAAGCUUGAGUCCAACUUGUGCUGUUUAUGAUAUGAAUAUAAAAAAAUUCUCAUUUAAAUUUUGCAGGACAGCUUUGAAAGAAAAUGGAAUCGCUUCAUGCUAUUGUGACAUUGCAGGGCUUGUUGGAGUUCUUCCUUAUCCAAGUAUUUGAUCUAUUUUGAAAGAAAGAACUCUAGAAAUAACUCAGCUUGAUAUUCCUACUGUUGGUACUAUUCCUGCAUAUGCUAUCUAUGGAUUCUUCAUAGUUUUAUACCUAAUUGCAAGAAAAGAUGUUAAAAUAUAUGAUAAGUUCUAUGGAGAAGAUUUAAAAAAGAAAGUAUUAGAAGCUAAUAAAGCUAUCAUUGCAGAAAUCAACGCUAUUUGUACUGAAAAUGAAAACUGGGAAAAUCUCUUGGAAAUAUGAAAUAGGGAAAAGCAGUAUUAUGAUGAAGAUAAAGAAUAUGAAAAUAGUAAUCAGAUCUAUUAUAAACUUAAAGAAAACAUAAAGACAAAAUUAGAAAGUUUAAUGAAAGACGAAAUUAUAAUCCAUAACUUGCUGACUCCAAAAAAUGUAAAAAACUAUAUUGAAAAUUGCAUUGAUAUACAAAAUUUUGAUGAUCUAAAAAUAGUGAUGAAGGUUUUAUGAGAAAACUGUGAAAAAUUUAAAGAUAAAGUAGAAGAAUUGUUUAAAAAGCAACACUGAAUAAUUGAAAUGAUAAAAUUAGGCGAAGCUAUUAGAUGAUAUAAAAGAAAAUUUAAGUUUCAAGACAUAGCUGAUAUAAUAAGAUGUGCUGCUAUAAUAGCCUUGAUAAAAAAAGGCACAAAUAAAAAUCUCGACAAUAAAGAACUCAAGAAUUUAAUUGAAGAAAAAAAUAAUACGGAAAAAUUGAAUAUUGACAAAGACUUAAUGAAUGAUCCUUAUAAAUAUGCCGAAAUUCAAUUGGCAAGCACAUCACACAUAAAUUUGACGAAUUCACUAAAAAGAUUGAAUAAAAUCGCAUUAAGAUUCUUAGAGAAAAAAGCGAUUCCUCUUGAUCCACCACAGAUUCCAGCUGAAUCCAGGUACAUAUUGAAUCAAUCGCCUAGCAUAGACCAAACUUUUAUUGAAGAAGAACUAAAAGAGAACCCUAAUAAGCAUUCUAGCUCACCUAAAAAAUCAGAAACCAUUGAUAAUAAUAAAGAAGCAGGUGAAAGUGCCCUUAACAUUGAAGAUAUUGGUAUAAUUGUAGGUAAUCCUUCACACAAUGAAGACAAAUUUGAAGAUGAGUCUUCAACGCUUUUAUCUAAAGCAAUGACAGCAAUUGAAAAUGAAAACAUAAAUAACGUUACUUUCAACAAACGUUUUAUAGAGUAUUUUAUGAUGCACAAUGAUAUUUUAGGAGUUUGAGGAUUCACUAACUUGAACUCCCCACGAGAGUUUAGGCUUACUUAUUUAUUAGUUGCGGUGCUGACAGAAAUCACUAUUGCUAUUUCAGCUUUUGAUAAUAACAUGCGGUAUAUAAAUAAAGAAGUAGACUUGAUUAUCAUUUUUAAAGAGCAAAAACUUGUUAUUUUCUUACUUUCAGUUCUUUUUGGGCUGAUACCAUUGAUAUUAAAGCUGUUUUUCAGAUAUAAUGUUUUAAGCACCCAGUUCAAGAAAAACAAAUUAGAUGAGGGUUGGAAUACAAGUGUCAUUUUAGGAUUUAUUAUGAGCUGGGUAAUGAUAGUUGCUGAAUUUUGUUAUUCGCUAUCGAAAAUGCAAAAACACUCUCUAAAUAAUUUGAGUGCAUAUUUAGACUAUAUAACAAAAGCAUUGAUUUUAUUUUUGUUUACGAAUGGUAUAAUCCUACCUUUAAUAAUUGCAUGAAUUGAUAAAAAAUGUGGAAAUUCAAUUUGCCGGGGUCUGAAGGGGUGUGGAAAAUAUUUUAAAAGGUUCACUACUGAAAAUGAAGUUAUUCCAGGCCACGAGGAUAAAAAAAGAGCUUAA